CAUUCACUGUCCCCGCUAUCAGCUGUUUGCUAAUGGAGUGUUUUUUCUCGUUUCUUGUUUAUUUUUCUUAAAAUGUAGUUUUUUGAUUAUUGUUUGCUGUUGCACUUGGCUACAUUACAUGAUACUGUUACAGUACAAAAAGAUCCACCUAAUCGUCCCAUCUGCAGCCACAGCAUCAACAAAUAAGCACCUCAAUGGACUGCGAGGGGGCGGCUGCUGCAGCGUUGGCAGACGACUCUGGCCAUUUCAGUUGCACCAGCGAUGAGGGAAACAGAACCAGCCCCAUCAGCAGUCGGGACCAGGAGCCGGAGAAAUCAAUGUUUCUUGUUAGGCAGGAGCUGCUAAAGUCGCGCAGCGAAAUCGAGCGGCUCGCGAAGUCUGAGCUGUGGUACAAGCAGGAGCUAAAGUCACAGAAACACGGUCGCCUGGAGACGCUGGAGCGUCUGUACGCCCAGGAGCGCAAAUAUCUGUUGGAGAAUCAGAGACUGCAGCACGAAUCAAUGCAACUGCAUGCCAAGUGUGCAUCGCUGGAGAAGCAGCGUGAGCUAGGGCAUCCAUUGUCUCUCGGUUUGUCUACAUUUGAGAACGAAGAUGGCAAUUGUGGGGACUCAUUCGAAGCACAGCAGCAAGAAGCGCGAAUCUCGGACCAGCGCCAGUUGAUUGAUGUGCUCCGCAAGCAAAAGAAGAUGCUCCUGGAGGAUAUACAACGGCUGAGUCUGGAGCACGACGAAAAGCUGAUGCAGCUGGAGCUGGAAAGCAAACACAUGACGGUAAAGUGUAAGCAGCUGCUGGACGAGAAGAGCCAGCUCGAGUAUCAUUUGGAGCUGAGAGCAACUGCCCUGCGCGGUGUUACAGCCGAGCGGGAUCAGCUGCGUCAAGUCAUUGCCGAGCUAAGCGAUACAUUGCUGACUCAAGAGCGAUUGCUGGCCCUAAAGGAGCAGGAAUUCCUGGAUCUCAAGCAGUUCUAUCAGCAGAAGUUGAGCAGGGAAACCAGCAUGGACGUUAUGCACACAUAUAGCUUGAAAUUUCACGAGGAGAUCAACAGCAAAACCAGUGAAAUAGCCACUCUGAAGAACUCACUGAAUGAGCUUCAAUCGGAACUGAUGGUCAUGUCCCAACUGGAGGCGCAGAAUGAGGAGCAGCAGCGCCAGUUGGAGCAAUUGCAGUUUACUGUGCGGGCUCAGCUCUUGGAGCAAGAGCAACUGAGGCAAAGUGAUGGCCUGAAGCUGGAUCAAGUGGAGAAACUAACUAUUUCCCUUGGCGCCCUGCAGCUGGAAAAAGAAACCCUCAGCGGAAAUCUGUUGGAGGCACUUAAUACACUGAAAAACCUAGAACAGGAGGUGCAUCGCCUGCACAGACAAUAUGCAGAAAUGUGUUCGAAGUGCGAGGACACCAAACUGCAGCUGGAACUAGAGAAAAUCGAGCUGGCCAAGCUGAGACAGGAAAGUUCUUUGAGGGAAAGCGCCCUCAGUGAGAAGCUGCGCGACUACGCAGAUCAGUGUCUCCGGCUGGGGGAAGCCAUGGUCAAAGCAGAGGCCAGACUAGAUAGCCAAUCGACGCAGGCAGAGAUAUGGCAAGAGCAGCUAAGAAAGAUGGACCAGAAGAAGGAGCAAGUGCAAGAGAACUGUCAAAGCCAAGGCACGCAAACUGAAGCCGAUGACCCAGUGCUGAUACAACGCAUUGAGGUGCUGGAGAGGCACCUGGCAGAAGUCAACGCCCAGAAAAUGCAAACUGUUUCACUGCUCCAGAAGCUUCUCCGGCAACAGGAUGCGAAGAUCAAGAGUACAUCUGAAAUGGAAGCAGAUUGGCGUCAGCUUCUGGAGGCCUUGCAAGUCACUCAACAAAUGGAGCAAGAAAUGCGACUGCAACUUCAGCAGAAAACGGUCGAGCUGGAUAAGUUGAAUGACCUCUUUGCCGGACAAAAUGAAGAGCUCCACAAUCUGCAACAGUUGAGCCUGGCCAAGGACCAGGAGAAUCGUCUGGAGCUGGAGCUGCUGAAAGAAACAUUCCGCGAGAAUUUGCAGAUACACUCUGUUGAUUCGAUGAACAUACAACGGCUACAAGGUCAGGUGAAAGGUUUGCUCGAAGAGCGCGAGCAGAGCACGCGACAGGAGCACAAGGCAGUGGACUGCCUGCGCUCGCUGGUGCAAGUGCUGGAAACGGAGACAGGCAGAAAGGUGCAGAGUGCCAAAAGCUGGCCGCAGCUGGCCAAGUUUUUACGCAAAGAGCUGCGAAACGGUAGACUGUCCCAGCGAAGGGCUGAAGAGCUGCCAGAAAUCAAACUGAAGCUGGCGGAGGUCACUGAAAUGCACGAGCAGAACCUGGUCAAGAUCAAGAUGAUGGAGAAAACUUUGGUCGCGGAACGUGCACGCUUUGAGGCAUCGGACUCGGGCAAGUCCACGGCCAGCACAACGCCCCUUGAACCCGCCCAUGAAGUUGCCAAUCUGAUCGAUGACUACAAGAAGCUCGUUCAGCAAACCGCCAAGGAGACGGGUCGCCCACGCAACAGCUACAUCCUGGAUCUGAUCGAGCGAAGUCAACGUUGCCAGCCAAAUUUGUGCCAAUUAAGCGAAGGCGUUGCCGCCUGUCGCUCCGAUAUGCAGCAGCUGAACAUGCUGCUCGCUGCUGCUGCUGCUGCUGGUCCAGAGCAGGAGAGAGAGGUCAUGCCCUCGCUGAUGGAAGAGCUGCGCGCAGUGUCAGGGCCAUCUUAGACAGAAGAAUGACAUUCUCUAACCCAUAGUAAACCUGUCAAUUUACUUUUAUUUGUAUACCCUUGCAGAUGGUAUUCUGAAUUUAAGUAGAUGCUACAAAAUCAGCAUCAGCAGGCGAUCCGAUCCAGCCAUAUUCGUAUGUUCAUCCUUCCAUCAUGCUUAGUUUGGUGUGUGUUGGAUAAAUGGUUGACUGAGUCAACCGGAAUGACCGAUCUGCCAGGGUAUAACAAUUUUCUUAGCCCGAAUCUGUCCAUGUACUUAAAUUGACUUUUUGGCUCGAAUUUCGUUUGAAAUGUGCAAUGCAGUCUGAUAGGAUUGCACCUACUGCUUAUACUAGUCAGUUAAAUUGAGAAAAUGUGUAUUUUUUGUUGUCGUUUAAUUUAUUUAGCACGAAUUUCUGUACCCACUUUUUUGUUGUUUAGUCGCUAGUUUCAAUUAACUUACAAUUUAGGUGCCAAUAUGCGAAUAUACAUAUACAUAUAUACACAUACAGUUUGAUAAAUUAUUU